AUGCGACGCCAACCAUUUCUUACCAUCAUUCUUCUUUUCCUCCAAUUUGUGGGCACAUUUGCGGCGCCCGCCGCAAUCCAAGAGCCGCAAAAUGUCGAUACAACCGCGACUCUCGGCACGAAAAAACGACCGGCGACGGCGACGUUCGUAACAAGAACCAGCGCAAAUGAUGUAUCCACGAUAACUACGACAGACGUCGCAGCGACGACAACCACCCACGAUGCUGCUUCAAAUAGCAGGUCCUCUUUAGCGAUACCAACGACGACCGUCCCUUCAUUGGACACACCUAUGACAGGUGACUCUCACCUCCAGCGAGGCAAUUCCAACCAAACAUACACAGGAGGUCUUCCAAUUCAUCCUCAAAUAAGUCCAGCAGUGGGUAUUGGAGGCAUACUCCUCCUCUUCCUCGGAGGGACUCUGGCUUUCAUUGGCGUACUCGAGAAAUGGAUUCAAAUAUUCCUCUCGGCGGGGUUCAUAUCAGCCUUGGGUGUGACUGUCUUGAUCGAAUACGUGAUGGUUCCUCCCGUGAGUAAUGCCGUUCAAGGCGGGUACCUGGUCGCCAUAUUCUUCACUGGAUUGAUCUUCGGUGGACUGGCUCUUAUAUUCAAAGAGAUUACCGAAGGUCUUGGUUGUCUUCUCGGCGGGUUCUGCAUGAGCAUGUGGCUUCUCUCAUUAAAAUCAGGCGGUCUCCUCUCAAGCACCAUACCGAAGAUUGGUCUGGUUGCAGCAGUCAUCGUGGGCUUCUAUGCCCUAUCAUUCACCCAUUACACUAGAUCCUACGGGCUAAUUGGGUGCACUGCUUUUUCUGGUGCCACGGCGAUUAUGCUUGGGAUCGACUGCUUCAGCAGAGCUGGACUGAAGGAGUUCUGGUUGUAUAUUUGGGGCUUGAACAAGGAGAUAUUUCCUCGACAUACCUAUACUUAUCCACUUACUCGCAAUAUCCGGGUCGAGCUGGCCGGAAUCAUCAUCAUUACUGCCAUGGGUGUGAUAUCACAGCUGCGGCUGUGGCGAGUGAUCAGGGAGCGCCGCUCGAAAGCGGAUGAUGCACGAAAACAACAUGAAAAGAAUAAAGAAGCGGCAGAAGAAGAAGUUGGUCGACAAGUGGAAGAAGGCAAUUCCCGAGAACGAGUCGAGUGGGAGAAUAUGUACAGGAACAGCCAUGAAGGGAAAGCACCCUCGCUGUCCGAAACCGCCGUGGCCGAUUCGCGAAGGGACUCCAAUGGUUUCGGGUCCACAGACCACGAAAAGGAUGCAGUCGAGAUGAAGGAUAUGGGCAGCACUGGUCCAUCAAUGGAGCCCUCUGGUAGUGAGAAAUUCCGGGAGACUAGUGAUGAUAGUCCUUCGGUGGGAGAAAGUUCACAGGCAUGGCAUGAUCAAAACCCAGAAGCAGAAGCGGCAAAACAUCCGCGGGCGCUUAAAAUAGUUAUUACGGACGCCGGAUCCAACUCCGAUGAUGAAAAUGAUUCGGAAAAUGGCGCUAUUGCGGGAUCUGAGGCAGAUACACCACAUUCGAAACGCUUAUCAGGGAGGUCCCUUUUGCGUCGAUUUUCUCGUCAAAGCAGCAGUGGUGCCAAACAACCCUCUCAGUCACAGUCAGAGGAAGCGCUCGUUGCAGCGGAAGAUUCAUAUUCAUCUGUGGCAGGCAUUGCGGAUGAUCAAGAGUCGAGCUCCAGCUGUCCAAGCGUCUCAUCCGAUAUUCUGAACGAUCCUGCUGGUGAAUGCCAACAGCACUAUACAAUGGAAUUGCCCGACAAUUCAGCCAUCCAUGAGAAGCACCCUACUUUCCACAGCGAGUACAUUGAGGAGGAUAUCACUGUUCAAGCAAAGAGCCCGGACGGAUGUUCAUCAGAGGAAACAAAAACCAUGAGUUCUGCGUCGCAGGGAAAAGACGUCCCCAAUGACGAAAGCGGUCGAUUGGACAGAACAAGCGUGCAAGGCAUUCCGGAGCAAACAUCCAAGGUGAUCCAUUCAUAUCGCACCACAGAAUGGGCGAAACACUUGGAAGAGGCAGAUGUCCCGGAGCUUGAGCACAUUCCGGUGGAUAAUGAAGUGAAAGAAAGCACGUCCGACAAUGAGGAGCCGGUAGCACCCGUCGACGUUGAACAGCUGUUGCAGACACCGUUUACUGCUCAGUUGCCACAGGCAAUGACAAGGUCCAUGUCUACAGACAUGAGCAAUCGUCGAUCAUAUGCCCUUUCGCCACAACCGGCACCCGAACUGCGUCGCACGACAUCCAACAACAGCAUGACCAGUGGCCCAGUAUCCAAACUGCGCAAAUCUGUAUCUCGUGCUUCAGUGGCCUCGAGGAACCAGUCAUCUGAGUCUCUUGCCAUGAGUCAAGACAACAGCAGGACGGCACCGACUCGCAGCAGGUCGACUCCAUACCUAACGAUUACUGCUCCCGGUGAUGGUAACGACAUGCCCCAUUCAAAGAGAUUGAGCAACUCGCCUUCGCUCCUGGCAGUGAGAGAGAGAAUGGUCCGCAACCGACAAUCCAUGUUAUCGUUACGGCAGGAACCCCGGAUCUCGCGGAGCGGGUCAUCGCGCGCAUCACUCGCAGAGCCGUAUCCGCUUGUGCCGCCCACUUUCUCGAUCCCCGAGGAGCGAGAGGAUGAAGAGGGUGAAGAGCGCGGGAAUCAGCCCAAUGACGAAGACGACGUGCCGCUCUCCAGACGCCGUGCCAUGCUCCAGCGGCAGGCCAUGCACUCGCCCUCGGCAGUCAGUCUCCAGAGCAUCGAUCCCAUUGGAUCUCCACGGUCUAUGACUCCUGAUUCGGGCAGAUCAGUCAUGAUGGCGGCCUGGCGACAGUCGGUCCGCGAGGAUCUGUUCCAGCGCCGUGAUCCAUUGACGUUCCCUCCGCCGAUAGGCUCGGACAGGCCACGCAGUCUUUGGGGGUCGGUGCAACAGAUCCGCGAUGCCUCGGCAGCACAGCUAGGCCAUAGCAUUGCAGAUGGAAUGCAGCGGGGCAGCAUGACCGACCUACAUCGACAAGCCAUGCGAAGGAUGCAGGCUACGGCGCAUCAACAGUUGUAA